ACGACGGCGACUACUACCUCGUCCGCUCUUCACGACCAGUUCAAACUAUUCCCUGCUGUCUUUGUGGAGCCUUUUUUUUUUCUUCUUUGAAAACGCUCUUCUUUUUAGCUUGACUUGAUCCUCGCGCAUCUCCCGUCUGACACUUUCCGUCGUCCGUAUCGGCUCUUAUCUCCCGCCAUGUCGUUACGGAAGAAGGUCUUAUUGAAGGUGAUCAUACUGGGUGACAGUGGCGUGGGGAAAACGAGUUUGAUGAACCAAUAUGUCAACAAGAAAUUCAGCGCAAGCUACAAAGCCACCAUCGGUGCGGACUUCCUCACCAAGGAAGUCCUCGUCGAUGACCGUCUGGUAACAAUGCAGAUCUGGGAUACGGCUGGUCAAGAGCGCUUUCAGUCUUUGGGCGUCGCGUUCUACCGUGGUGCUGACUGCUGUGUGCUGGUGUACGAUGUCAACAAUCCUAAGAGUUUCGAGGCGCUGGAUAGCUGGCGGGAUGAGUUCUUGAUUCAGGCUAGUCCUCAUGAUCCGGAGAAUUUUCCUUUUGUCGUGAUCGGUAAUAAGAUCGAUGUGGAGGAGAACAAGCGCAUGAUCUCCUCGAAGCGCGCCAUGACCUUCUGCCAAUCGAAGGGCAACAUUCCCUACUUUGAGACCAGUGCCAAGGAAGCCGUAAACGUGGAGCAGGCUUUUGAAGUCAUCGCACGGAGCGCAUUGGCCCAGGAAGAGGCAGAGGAGUUCAGCGGUGAAUUCAGCGACCCGAUCAAUAUCCACCUGGACAAUGAGCAGGAUGGAUGUGCCUGCUAAAUUCUACACGAUACACAUGAUUUGCGAAUGACUUUCCACCCGUUUCUGAGAUCAUCGUCUUCUUUUUGAAUGUGUUCCAUGAUGUUUUGUAGACUUGUCGUAUUCCUUCUUGACCGACUUGGGACUUGACGCAAGGUGUUUCUUCUCCUGGGAUAUCCUGAUCAAUGGUAUAUAUUUCAGGCGUUUCUCUUGUAUCGCCCUAUUUUGUUGCCUCUCUUCGUUUUUUUCUCGAUGGUUUGUCUGCCAGGAUUUUGUUCUUUUAGUUCAAUUGUCUUUCCUUUUUUGAAGGCAGUGGAUAAUCCACGUGUAGUUUGCUAGGAGUUAGGAAUUCCACGAUUUGAG